CUACAUAAUCAUUGUUUUCUUGGAGUUAUUUUAACAAAGAGCCUAAAUAAGUCAACGUCAGUAGACGAUUGAUUUGUAACUUAGCAACCAGUUGACACUGUUAAAAUGGACCAAAACUGCCUUUUGUACGAAUUUAUUUUCAUAAAAUAAAAUUCAAGUGGGGCCAAUUAGAUAAACUUUAGAACUAGUUUAAUUGCUUUAAAGCUAAUGCCUAUCACAUACAACCGUGGUAACGUCAGGAAAACAGCAUUUCGUGCUAGGGGUCGAUCGGCGCAAUCCCUCGAUAUUGGUGGGCCGCGGGUGGACGCAGGCGCGGGUGGGGAUGGCCGUUUGUUUUUGCAAAUACGGCCAGCGUUCGCCGACCCUCGAGCAGCGUUCGCGCAACGCUCUAAUUCAACAUUAUCAGGAAAUGAUUUUUUACCAAAAGAAGAUGGCAAAGACGACGCAAUUAAUUUACAAGCUGUGGGAGAAGGAAAAGUACAGCUUUCAAGAACUGCACAGGAAAAGGAUCGAUUACCAGAUAGGAUAACUUUGGAUAGGAGGGGACUAUCAUCUAUUCCCCAUAUAGUUGGAGAGCCUGGUCUAAGAUUAUUGUCACUACAACAUAACUUAAUCAAUAGCCUUUCAGGUCUGUCACCUUUAGAUUUAGGGAAACUGGUAUUCCUAGAUGUGUAUGACAAUCAAAUAGAUAAAAUAACAUGUUUAGAAAGACUUUUUAGUUUAAGAGUGCUUCUUAUGGGCAAAAACAGAAUCAAAAGAAUAGAAGGACUUUCAAACCUGAUAAAGUUAGAAGUUCUGGAUUUACACGGAAAUAGAAUAACUAAAGUUAGUGGCUUAUCUAAUCUAAGUGAACUAAAAGUACUUAAUUUAGCUGGUAAUCAAAUAAGAUGUAUUGGACAAACUGACCUUCAAGGGUUAGUGUCAUUGAGAGAACUGAACUUUAAAAGAAAUCGUUUGAAGAAAAUGCUUGGAUUUCAACACACACCAAAGUUGCAAAAACUUUACUUGGGUAACAAUGACUUGCAAAGUGUAGAAGAUGUUUCAUCUCUAGCUGAAGCUACUUCAUUGAUCGAUAUAGCUUUGGAUGGAAAUCCAGUUGCAUUGGGAGGAGACAUUACACCGUUUCUAGUAUCUUAUCUUCCAAACCUGUUAACGCUAACAGGCAUGCACGUAACAGAUCAAGUUCGAAGAUCCGCAAUGGCUUGGCGAAGUAAUAAAGAAGCUGCUCAUGCAGCUUACUGUGCUCUAGGCGGGACGGCACAGCAAGCAGCACGACGUGAUCAAAUCAUACAUAAUGCACGGACUAACUGGGAGUUACUCAGGUCGGAAAACAAAUGUUUUUCUACUGCGAGUCAAACUAAAAAUGUAGAUGCGGAAAAAGAAUUUGAAUUAGACUCAUCUUCAGCAGUUGUCACUCCAAGUGAAAUACAAACUGUUGAGACUUCAAAUCUUCCCGAUGUUGUUAUUUCACUACAACACGUAGACGCUGAGGAUUCAGACUUUAAAAAUAGUAACAGUAACACUAACAUCAAAAUAAACAACGAGAACGUGGCAAAAGUAUCGCAAACAAGAAAACUACAGCGAAGUUCUACAGCAAAACCUUCAGAAAGACGUGUUAACUUUUCAGAAAGAAGCGCCUCUCAAGACACAGAUGCUUCACAUUCAACUUCUACGAGUAGUGAUUUGCGUUUACCACCGAUUCUUUUACCUAUAAUAUCGUCAUUAGAAAACGUAAAACUAUCCGAUGGCACUGAACCAAUAUUAAAACGAUGGGAAAGUAUUUCUAGUGUAGAUCCAAUAGUUGACUCUUCAUUUAGUUCAUUACCAUCGUCAUCUAGUGACAGUGAAGAAGAAACAAGAAAAAGGCAAAUAAGACGCAUGCCAACAGCUUUGAGACGUCGUGAUUUUAGCACUAUGCGUUCAAAAUCAGUUUGUGAUCCUGAAAGCCGAAGGAUAAAAAACAAAAACUUUGAUAAUAGUGAGAAUGCUAGCAAUAUUUCUAGCAGCACAAACGUGGGUUCAGUCGCUACACCAUCCACAUCGGGCAGUGAACAAAAUAGUAAAAUAUUAAGAAGAGAAGGUUCUAUUAAUAGUAGAAAUGGUAGUAGGAAUAUAAGAAGUGCAACAAUAUCCAGGAGAAAUGAAAGAGCUUCAUCAGCCAAUCGGGCUUCAACAGCAAGAGCAAAACCUGGAAAAAGUCUAGCUAGUUUCAAAUCAUCUGAACCAGUUCCAAAGCCUAUUUUGCCUUUGUCUAAAGACAGAGAACAAGGAGUUGAUUAUCUAGUUGAAGUUUGUGAUGGUGUGGUCAGUGCAUGGGGAGCCGGUGCAGUUAGGCGUCUUUCUAGAGACUGGGACUGGGAAAGAGCUCGGACAGUUUCUCGUGCUGCUUUUCAUUAUGUACACUUCAACGCCGUAGCACAAUCUUUGCCUGAACUUAAAACAAAGUUUCCGAAUGUAACUCAUAUAUCCGUGAGAGCAACUGGUCUUCAGUGGCUUGGCCAAUUACAUGCUUUAGCAGAGUUACGUGGCUUAACUGGUUUGUCAGUUAUGUCUGAAGGCAACCCAAUACAUACAAAGAUUUGGCGAGAAUAUGCUGUGUACCGACUAGCACAUUGGGGCCUAAAAGAAAUUAACGAUGAACCGGUAACUGAUGAAGAUAUAAAAGCUGCAAACCAAACAUAUGGCGGUCUUAGCGAUAUAGUGCUACGAGCUUUACCAGAUGCUCCAUUGCAACCACUUUUAUCACGAUUGGGGAGAAGCGGAAACAGUUCUGUUAGUGCUAAAGCAUGGUUAAGAGCAGCAGAUCCGGCUUUGAGAGAUGUAAUAGCAAAAGAAGCUCUUCAAUAUAAGAAAGGGAAUGUGUCUCAGGAAGAUAUGAGUUGGAGAGUACGUGGUCGCGGACAAUUAUCACAUGCUAUAGAACUAGCUUGCGGAGCUGCGCAACGGUUGCGAACUCUUGAACUUCAAUGGCCUACAAUGCUUAUAGAAAUGAUAGAAGGUAUACUACGAGAUUUCUCCGAUAUGGAAGGCCACGUGAAAGAACAAAUGCGUAUGCUUAUGGAUACUUUAUAAAAUAUGUUCUGGUUUAAGGUAAUUUAUUGGUAAAAAUUCAAGUAGUUACAUACAUAACCAACUGAGUACCUACACGUUUACUUUAUUCAAAAACAUUGAAAUGUCCAAUCCUGCUUGAAAUAUAAAUUUUUAAGUUUAAUCUGAUAAAAUCACAAUAAUACUUAAUAUCUGAAUUCAUUUUUGUGUAAUAUUAUUAUCUAUUACUGACCCAGUUUCGAGUUGAAGAGUAAGCAAAAUGUAAUAAUAGAAUCGAAUGACUGACGAAACAUGACUUUUUAAAAACCUUUAUAAAUACCGCCAAAGUUUUCAUUAUAGUGGUAAUAAUGUUAACCUACAAGCAAACAAUAAAAAUGUCUUCAUUACAAUCAAAAAGUAUCGAAUUAUCCAAUGCACACUAUAUUUAUCAGUUUUUAUUUAUUUAUAGGAUAAACUAGCUGACCCGGCGAACUUUGUUCCGCCUUAAUGGCACUAAAAAGUAUCCUAUGUCCUU